AUGAAGAUCUUGGUUCUUUUAAUGUCAAACGAGCAAGAAGGGCUGGAGAAGGACGAAGAAGACCCAGGAGAAUUUGAACGAAAAUCAGAACAACUGAAGGAGGAAUUCAUUUUUUUGAAACCAGUUAUUAUCAAUACAGUUCUCCGUCAAGAUGACGUGAAAGGAAAUCUGGAAAGAGUACGUCAAAAGCUACAAAAGUUUCAAGAUACGAAGAAUCCUGCGGACGUUUUUAAAAAUCCAGCUGAAAGAAGGCCAUUGAUUACGAAACCUAAAGGAAAAUUUGAAGAUCCUCUAACACACGGCCCUAUUAAGCAAGCUUGGGUGGCAGGGGACAAAUCUUCCGGAGGCCUUGAACACGAAAGUAAUAGAGGGAAGAAAAAUAGAAGUAGGCCAAGAGAAAAAAAUCAAACGCAAGGGCAACAUGGCGAUGCAGAACGACAAGAUGAGCGAAGAAAUGGUUGUGAUAGCGAUAAAUCGGAUCAAUAUGAGAGGAACCAAGCUUGUCGAGGCCACACCUCAAGGCAAAGAGGCAACAGAAGAGCAGGACCGGAAAGGGGACCCAGAGGUGGGUUUUACCAGGAUCCAAACAACACCCAAGUGCAUAGAGAUGAUCACUUUUAUACCCCUCAAGGACAGUGGUUUGAUCAUCAAAACGCCUUUCCGUCGCAGAGAGGACGUGAAAACCAACGAGGACAAAGAGGUUGCUUUCGCCAGGACCCAACUGCAGGAAAUCGAGAUUAUUCGCUUUAUGGAUCUCAAGAAUGGCACUUUGGCGAUGAAAGCAAUUCUCAGCCUCGAAUGGGACGUGGAGGUCAAGGCGGUCGAGGACCUCCACCAAAACCAAAACCGAAACCGAAGCGAAAGGGUAGGGGACACGGUGGGGGACGGGGUGGAAAUUUUCAAGAGAAACAUCAAAUUCCGGGAGAUUUUCAGGGGAGCAAUCAAUUUUCAGAUGCUAAAGAUGACUCUCAGUUUAUGCAAAUACAACCGAACCAACAAAAUGGAAGAGGAGGAGGUUCUCAUGAAAAUCAGGUGCAUCCAAUAUCCUUGAAGGAGCUUGUCAGCAAUAAAACCCCCAGUUCUUUCGAUAAUUCGGAUGCAGGGAAGUUCAGACAAGGUGAAACCAACAAAAGCAGACAGGGAGACCGCGGUAGGCCACAGAACCGACUUGGUAACAGAGAUGCUGGUCAAACUGGGAUAAGACGAGCACAGAGCAUGCCCAGUAUGGCAGAAGAGGAACCUGCUGAUCAGUCUCAAUUUGAAAGAAAUAAAAUAUUCAUUCAAGGGCUGGGUGAAAAAACCUCACGGGAAGGACUGGUGAACUUUAUCAAGGCAAAGAGUGGUAAGGAAGAGGUUAAGGACCUACAGAUGCUGAAGAAUGGAAAAGCCUUAGUCACCAUGGCUGAUGAAAUCAAAGACGGCAACGAUGAAGAAGAAGAAAAAAAAGAAGACGAAGAAGAAGAAGAAGAAGAGGAAGAAAGAGAUGACGGAUUUCGUGAAACAGUUGAGAAGAAUGUUGACAAGGAGUUGGAUUUUUCAUCUGCUGUCAACAAGAACGAGCAAGAAGGGCUGGAGACGGACGAAGAAGACCCAGGAGAAUUUGAACAAAAAUCAAAACAACUGCAAGAGGUAUUCAGUUGUUUGCCACUAGUUCUUAUCACGACAGUUCUCCGUCAAGAUGACGUGAGAGGAAAUAUGGAAAGAGCACGUCAAAACCUACAAAAGUUUCGUGAUACGGAGAAUCCUGCGGACGUUUUUAAAAAUCCAGCUGAAAGAAGGCCAUUGAUUACGAAACCUAAAAGAAAAUUUGAAGAUCCUCUAACUCACGGCCCUAUUAAGCAAGCUUGGGUGGCAGGGGACAAAUCUUCCGGAGGCCCUGAACACGAAAGUAAUAGAGGGAAGAAAAAUAGAAGUAGGCCAAGAGAAAAAAAUCAAACGCAAGGGCAACAUGGCGAUGCAGAACGACAAGAUGAGCGAAGAAAUGGUUGUGAUAGCGAUAAAUCGGAUCAAAAUGAGAGGAACCAAGCUUGUCGAGGCCACAACUCAAGGCAAAGAGGCAACAGAAGAGCAGGACCGGAAAGGGGACCCAGAGGUGGGUUUUACCAGGAUCCAAACAACACCCAAGUGCAUAGAGAUGAUCACUUUUAUACCCCUCAAGGACAGUGGUUUGAUCAUCAAAACGCCUUUCCGUCGCAGAGAGGACGUGGAAACCAACGAGGACAAAGAGGUUGCUUUCGUCAGGUACCAAUUGCAGGAAAUCAAGAUUAUUUGCUUUAUGAAUCUCAGGAACGGCACUUUGGCGAUGAAGGCAAUUCUCAGCCUCAAAUGGGACGUGGAGGUCAAGGCGGUCGAGGACCUCCACCAAAACCGAAACCAAAACCGAAGCGAAAGGGUAGGGGACACGGUGGGGGACGGGGUGGAAAAACCAUCCAACAAGUCCCGGUUUGCAAAAGCACCCUUUUCACUGGCUUUUCAGACAUUACCCAUGAUUUUAUUGAACUGUACUUUGAGAGUCGUCAAAAUGGUGGGGGUCCUGUGGAGAAGGUUCACCAUGUUCCUAAAAGUAGUCAAGCUGUGGUUGUGUUUCAAGAUGCAAAAGGUUUGUAG